CGCGCGCGCUGUGAGGCCCGGGCGGGCGGCAGCCUCGGCGCGUGCAGGGAGCCACCGGCCGGAGGAGGCCGGGCCGGGCCUGCGGCGGGGUCGGCGGGGGAUGCGGCGACGGCCGCGCUGAGCCCGAGCCCGCCGGAAGCGCCGCGCCGGCCGGGCCUGCGCUGCCGCUGCCGCGCGGACCAUGUCGGCGGCCAAGGAGAAUCCAUGCAGGAAAUUCCAGGCCAACAUCUUCAACAAGAGCAAGUGUCAGAACUGCUUCAAGCCCCGCGAGUCGCAUCUGCUCAACGACGAGGACCUGACGCAGGCAAAGCCCAUUUAUGGUGGCUGGCUGCUCCUGGCUCCAGAUGGGACUGACUUUGACAACCCAAUACACCGGUCUCGGAAAUGGCAGCGACGGUUCUUCAUCCUUUACGAGCACGGCCUCCUGCGCUAUGCCCUGGAUGAGAUGCCCACGACCCUCCCUCAGGGCACCAUCAACAUGAACCAGUGCACAGAUGUGGUGGAUGGGGAGGGCCGCACGGGCCAGAAGUUCUCCUUGUGCAUCCUGACACCUGAGAAGGAGCAUUUCAUCAGGGCAGAAACCAAGGAGAUCGUCAGCGGGUGGCUGGAGAUGCUCAUGGUCUAUCCCAGGACCAACAAGCAGAACCAGAAGAAGAAACGGAAAGUGGAGCCUCCCACACCGCAGGAGCCCGGGCCUGCCAAGGUGGCUGUCACCAGCAGCAGCAGCAUCCCCAGUGCUGAGAAGGUCCCCACUACCAAGUCCACUCUGUGGCAGGAGGAAAUGCGGGGCAAGGACCAGCCAGAUGGGAGCAGCCUGAGUCCAGCUCAAAGUCCUGGCCAGGGCCAGCCUCCUGCUGCCAGCUCCCUACGGGAACCUGGGCUGGAGAGCAAAGAAGAGGAGGGCGCUGUGAGCAGUGACCGCAUGGAUGGUGGCCGCAAAGUCCGAGUGGAGAGCGGCUACUUCUCCCUGGAGAAGACCAAGCAGGACAUGAAGGCUGAGGAACAGCAGCUGCCCCCACCGCUCUCCCCGCCCAGCCCCAGCACCCCUGACAACAGGUACAGUUGCUCCAAGUCACCCUUCCAGGAGCUUGGUCAUCCUCUUGCUUCCCCAGGUCCUCGGCUCCCAAGCCAGAUGGUUUGCAGCGUCUCCCUUGGCUCCCUGGAUGCAGCUGGCCGGCCCCCCACCCAUGUGGACUCUGGCAGCCCCGGGGGGCAGGGGGCAGACAGACUGGGGAGCGCCUUUGCCUUUAAAGCCAGCAGGCAGUAUGCCACCCUGGCCGACGUCCCCAAGGCCAUCAGGAUCAGCCACCGAGAAGCCUUCCAGGUGGAGAGAAGGCGGCUGGAACGUAGGACUCGGGCCCGGAGCCCUGGCAGGGAAGAGGUGGCCCGCCUGUUUGGCAAUGAGCGGAGGAGGUCCCAGGUAAUUGAAAAAUUUGAGGCCCUGGACAUUGAGAAGGCUGAGCACAUGGAGACCAACACGUCAGCACGGCCCUCGCCCACCAGUGAUACUCGCCAAGGCCGCAGUGAGAAGAGGGCGUUCCCUAGGAAGCGGGACUUCACCAGUGAAGCCCCCACAGCUCCUCUCUCAGAUGCCUCGGCUUCCCCCCUGUCUCCACACCGCAGAGCCAAGUCACUGGACAGGAGGUCCACGGAGCCCUCCAUGACGCCUGACCUGCUGAAUUUCAAGAAAGGCUGGCUGACCAAGCAAUAUGAGGAUGGCCAGUGGAAGAAACACUGGUUUGUCCUGGCUGAUCAAAGCCUGAGGUACUACAGGGACUCGGUGGCUGAAGAGGCAGCCGACUUAGAUGGGGAAAUUAACUUGUCUACAUGUUACGAUGUCACGGAAUAUCCAGUCCAGAGAAACUAUGGCUUCCAGAUACACACAAAGGAGGGUGAGUUCACCUUGUCAGCCAUGACAUCUGGAAUCCGGCGGAACUGGAUCCAGACCAUCAUGAAGCACGUGCACCCAGCCAUUGCCCCAGACGUGACCAGCUCCCUGCCAGAAGAAAAGAGCAAGAGCAGCCCUUCUUGUGAGACCUGCCCAAGGCUGAGUGAGAAGCAGGAGGCGGAGCCUGGGGAGCUAGACACUGAGCAGAGGAGGAGCCGAGCUCGGGAGCGGAGGCGGGAGGGCCGUUCCAAGACCUUUGACUGGGCUGAGUUCCGCCCCAUCCAGCAGGCCCUGGCUCAAGAGAGGGCUGGCACUAUGGGGACCCCUGAUACCCCUGAGCCUGGGCGCCCUGAGGCAGAGACCGGUGAGCUGGAGCGGGAACGUGCACGGCGGCGGGAAGAGCGCCGCAAACGCUUUGGGAUGCCGGACACGGAGGAUGUAGCCCUGCGCAUGGAGGUGGACCGGAGCCCAGGGCUGCCAGCAGCCCCUGACCUCAAGACACAGAACAUCCAUGUGGAGAUCGAGCAGCGAUGGCAUCAAGUGGAGACCACCCCUCUCCGGGAAGAAAAGCAGGUGCCCAUUGCCCCCCUGCACCUGUCCUCCUCGGAGGAUGGAGGAGACCGGCUUUCCACUCACGAGCUGACCUCUCUGCUGGAGAAGGAGCUGGAGCAGAGCCAGAGGGAGGCCUCAGACCUUUUGGAGCAGAACCGACUCCUGCAGGACCAGCUGAGAGUGGCCCUGGGCCGGGAGCAGAGUGCCCGCGAGGGCUAUGUGCUACAGACUGAAGUGGCCACUUCCCCAUCGGGUGCCUGGCAGAGGCUCCAUAGAGUCAACCAAGACCUCCAAAGUGAGCUGGAAGCCCAGUGCCAGCGCCAGGAGCUGAUCACGCACCAGAUUCAGACCCUGAAACGCAGCUAUGGUGAGGCCAAGGGUGCGAUCCGGCACCACGAGGCUGAGAUCCGGAGCCUCCAGGCACGGCUCAGCAAUGCUGCCGCUGAGCUGGUCAUCAAGGAGCAGGCGUUGGCCAAGCUGAAGGCAGACCUGAAGCGGGAGCAGGGCAGGGCCCGCGAGCAGCUGGAGGAGUGGCAGCACAGCGAGGCAGCACUGAGUGGCCAGCUGCGGGCCAGUGAGCAGAAGCUCAAGAGCGCCGAGGCCCUACUUCUGGAGAAGACGCAGGAGCUGCGGGGCCUGGAGACACAGCAGGCGCUGCAGCAGGACCGGCAGAAGGAGGCGCAGAGGCUGCAGGAGCGCAUCGCCGACCUCAGCCAGCAGCUUGGUGCCAGUGAGCAGGCACAGCGCCUGAUGGAGGAGAAACUGCGGAGGAACUACGAGCUGCUGCUGGAGAGCUGUGAGAAGGAGAAGCAGGUGCUGCUUCAGAGCCUGCGGGAGGCUGAGGACAAGGCCACCGCCUACGAGGACCAGCUACAGGGCCACGCGCAGCAGGUGGAGGCCCUCCAGAAAGAGAAGCUGAGCGCCUCAUUUGAGGGCAGCGAGCAGGUGCACCAGCUGGAGGAGCAGCUGGCAUUGCGGGAGGGCAGCCUCCGCAGGCUCGCCGAGCACGUGCAGAGCCUUUGUGACGAGCGAGACCUCCUCAGGCAGCGGCUGCAGGAGCUGACAGAGCGUGUGGCCACGUCUGAUGGGGACAUGACUGAGCUCCAGGAGAAGCUGCAGGGAAGGGAGGCUGACUGCCAGCGCCUGGAGCACGCCUUGCGGAGGGUGUCCAGCCAGCUCCAGAAUGCGCACGUGCUGCUCAGAGAGAAGGAGGAAGAGCUGGAGCGCAUCAAGGAAAUGCAUGGGAAAGUUCUGGAGAAGAAAAAUCAGGACCUCAAUGAGGCUUUGGUUAAAAUGGUGGCUUUGGGGAGCAGCUUAGAGGAAACAGAAAUUAAGCUUCAGGCAAAGGAAGAGAUUUUAAGGAAAUUUGCAAUUGAAUCUUCAAAGGAUGCAGAAGAGACACAGAGUGCCCCAGAAGAAAUAGAAGGAGACGGCAUUUUGCUCUUGGGCCAACAGCUUCAAGUCACUGUGGCACCUCUGGGCUGCCCACAUACAAGACUUGAGGAGGAGGAUGACCUGGGAACCACCCCGGGGGAGGAGUGUGGUGACAGCAGCCUUGGCGGAGAAGAGAGCCUGGUGCUCGUGAAGUUGGCAGAAGUGCCUGACAGGGAGGGCCACCCACAUGGCACAGGCAGAACUGACCAGGGGGCACCUGGGGUCAAAAGGCAGAGGAUCCGUUUCUCCACAAUCCAGUGCCAGAGGUACGUCCACCCUGAAGGGUCAGAGAAGACGUGGACCAGCAGUACGUCUUCUGACACCAGCCAGGACCGGUCACCCUCAGAGGAAAGCAUGUCCUCAGAGCCCACACCCAGCACGCUGCCUGCCAGCAGCGACUCUGAGACGUAUCUCUCCAUCAUUCACUCCCUGGAGACCAAGUUGUACGUCACAGAAGAGAAGCUCAAAGAUGUGACCGUCCGGCUAGAGAGCCAGCAGGGCCAGAGCCGGGAGGCGCUGCUGGCACUGCACCACCAGUGGGCUGGCACUGAGGCCCAGCUGCGCGAGCAGCUCCACACCAGCCUGCUCCAGGUUGGAGCACUGACUUCCCAGCUGGAGCAGGAGAGGCAGGAGAGGGCCAGGAGGGUCGAAGGUCAUGUUGGGGAGCUUGGGGACUUCCAGGUGAAAAACAGUCAGGCCUUGACCUGCUUGGAAAACUGCCGAGAGCAGCUAAGAUCUUUGCUGAGGGCUGGCCAGAAAGAUGAGCAGAAUGUGUGUGCUGCCUCCCUGGUCAGUGUGGAGAGCACCCUGGUCAGCGCCAUUCAGGCCCUGCAGCACUGGCCAGCCCCAGCCGACAGUGGGGCUGGUACCCAGCUGGAGGAGGGUGGCUUUAUGGGGAGCAGGGUGCCAGCUCCUUGGCGGCUGACUGAGCAGGAGCAGGUCAGGCUCCUUUCUGAACAAAUCACUCUGGAGGCCUCGCUGAUAAGCCAAAUAGCAGACUCUCUGAAGAACACCACGUCGGACAUCUCCCACGUUCUUCAGGAGAUUCCUCAAUCAGGACAGUUGCUGCUAGAGUCUGAGAGCACCACGGUCUCCACUGGGGCCCCUGCGGAUGCCUGGGCCAAGAAGGUGCUGGUGGACGGUGAGUUCUGGAGCCAGGUUGAAUCCCUGAGGAAGCACCUGGGGACGCUGGGAGGCGAGGCCGUCUCUGCGUCAGGAGGUGGGCAGCAGAGUGCCUCACAGGGUCUGGCUCCCAUACUGGCCAGUGCCACAUGGGUCAGAGCAGAGCUCAGCUUUGCCGCGCAGUCUGUGCGGGAGUCUCUUCGCCGCAGGCUGCAAAGUGUCCAGGAGACGCUGCAGGGGACCCAGACGGCCCUGCAGCAGCACCGGUGUGCCCUGCGGGAGGUCCUGGACGCCUAUCAGACCCCAGACUUUGAGAGGGUGAUGCGGCAGGUCUCAGAGUCCCUUAGGCUUCCAGCAGGCAUUGGGAAUGCCGUACCCGCAUCCUGGGAUCUGCGCCCCUCAGAAGGGCUGAGCCAAGACUCAGACGGCCCUCAGGAGACCUUUCAGUCAUCUGCCCAGAGCUCCAGGGCCCUGGUGGCUAUUCAGGAAGAGCUGGCCCAGCAGCUAAAGGAGAAGGCCAGUAUCUUGGAGGAGAUAGCCGCCUCUUUACCAUCGCUGCCGCCCGUGGCAGCUCUGAGAGAUUGCCAGAAACUGCUUCAGGUAUCCCAGACUCUCUCCUAUAGCACUUGUCUGGGCGGCCUGGGUCAGUAUUCCUCUUUACUGGUACAAGAUGCGAUUGUUCAGGCUCAGGUGUGUUAUGCGGCUUGCAGGAUCCGGCUGGAGUAUGAAAAGGAGCUCCAGGUCUGUAAGGAGUCCCAGCUGACCCGGGGUACCUUCUGCCUGGAGCCGGCCCAAGCUGUCAGGGUCCUGAGGGAUGAGUAUGAAGACCUUCUCCGCAAACAGAAGAGUGAGUACCUUGAAGUAAUCGCUGUCAUCGAACGGGAAAACACAGAGCUCAAGGCCAAGGUGGCCCAGCUGGACCAGCAGCAGCGGUGUCUGGAGGAGGCGGAGAGCAAGCACAGCGAGAGCAUGUGUGCCCUGCAGGGCAGGUAUGCGGAGGAGAUGCGCUGCGUGGCGGAGCAGCUGAGCAGAGCCCAGAGCUCACUGCAGGCCGAGCGCAGCCGGGUGCUGAGCCAGCUGGACGCCUCUGUCAGAGACAGGCAGGACAUGGAGCGGCAGCACGUGGUGCAGAUGCAGACACUAGAGGACAGGUUCCAGCUCAAGAUCCAGGAGCUGCAGGCCAUCCACGGGGAGGAGCUGCGGGCCCUGCAAGAGCACUGCUCACAGAGCCUGCGCUGCCUGCAGGAGACCCUCUGCCUCCACCAGGGCCAGCACCCCAGGGCCCUGUCGGCCCUCUCCACCUGCGGGGAGGCCAUGGAAGGGGAGGCCGAUUCCAUGAUGGGGCUGCGGGAACGCAUCCAGGAGCUGGAGGCCCAGAUGAACGCCAUGCGGGAGGAGCUGGGCCAUAAGGACCUGGAGGGUGACGCGGCCACACUGCGGGAGAAGUACCAGAGGGACUUUGAGAGCCUUAAGGCCACAUGUGAGCGAGGGUUUGCAGCAAUGGAAGAAACACACCAGAAGAAGAUCGAAGAUCUGCAGCGGCAGCACCAGCGAGAGCUGGAGAAGCUCCGGGAAGAGAAAGACCGCCUCCUGGCCGAGGAGACGGCAGCUACUAUCUCAGCCAUUGAAGCCAUGAAAAACGCUCACCGGGAAGAGAUGGAACGGGAGCUGGAGAAGAGCCAGCGGUCCCAGAUCAGCAGCGUCAACUCCGACGUUGAGGCCUUGAGGCGGCAAUAUCUGGAGGAGCUGCAGUCGGUGAAGCGGGAGCUAGAGGUGCUGUCCGAGCAGUACUCUCAGAAGUGCCUAGAGAACGCCCACCUGGCCCAGGCACUGGAGGCUGAGCGCCAGGCCCUGCGGCAGUGCCAGCGUGAGAACCAGGAGCUCAAUGCCCACAACCAGGAGCUGAACAACCGCCUGGCUGCAGAGAUUACACGGUUACGGACGCUGCUGACCGGGAAUGGCGGCGGGGAGGCUGCUGGGUCAUCCCUCACGCAGGGCAAGGAUGCCUACGAGUUGGAGGUCUUACUGCGGGUUAAGGAAUCAGAAAUACAGUACCUGAAACAGGAGAUCAGCUCCCUCAAGGAUGAGCUGCAGACAGCAUUGCGGGACAAGAAGUAUGCCAGUGACAAGUACAAAGACAUCUACACAGAGCUCAGCAUUGCGAAGGCAAAGGCCGACUGUGACGUCAGCAGGUUGAAAGAACAGCUCAAGGCUGCGACAGAAGCGCUGGGGGAGAAGUCCCCUGAGAGCUCCUCUGUGUCGGGAUAUGAUAUAAUGAAAUCUAAAAGUAACCCUGACUUCUUGAAGAAAGACCGAUCCUGUGUUGCCCGGCAGCUCAGAAACAUCAGAUCCAAGUCCGUAAUUGAGCAGGUCUCAUGGGAUAACUGAAACGCACCCGCUUCCAGGUCCCCGUCAUGUAGAGUCUGAAGGAAGGCCUGACCGUGCAGGAGCGGCUGAAGCUGUUUGAAUCCAGGGACUUGAAGAAGGACUAGCUGUGCCCUGUUCGACUUGAACACGCACCUUUCCCGGCUUGCGCAGCACAGCUCUACCGCUGCUUUUUGUCUGUACCUUUGUUUGUAUUAUUAUUAUUGUGAUUAUCGUCAUCUUUGACUGUGGGUCUGGAUGCAUGAGAGACUAGUUAUGGGUUGCUCACACCACUCCCUGCCGCGCUGAUUUAGACUUACUAUAGUCAUCAAAGCUUUUUUCCCCCAUGGUUUUCUGAAAUUAGUCCAGCAGUGGGGGCUGGGCAGGGCCAUCCCUCCAGGGGGCAUCUGUGUGAGAGCCCUUCCUUGCUGUCACCCGUGCUCACUGUCAGUAUUAAGGCUCCGCAGCCUGUUGAUAAGCUAGCCUGUCUCCCGAGUGCUGGUGUGGAAGCAGGUCCGCAGCCAGCAUGCCGCAGGGCAGACGUAAAAGUCUUUUGGACGUCUAGCUCGGCCUGGAUCACAGCACUGACUACCUGACUCGAUGGCCUAGCGCUAGAGGGGACAUGCACUGCCUUCUGAGGACUGCGUUUGUACUUGUCCCACUGAUGCAGCUUAGAAUCACAACCCAGAUAAUCGUGGCAAACUUUUCACAACCUGGAAAAUGUUGAAAGCAGUCAUUCCUAUUUUUGUUUGUUUUUUUAUUAAAUCUUGCACAAAAUCCCCAGCCCCUCUCAUUCCUUCCUUCCUCUGCUUGCCCCUUUGUUGGUCUUUUCACAACUACUGAAAUGGUGGCCUGCAGCCUGGGGUUCAGACUGACUGUAAGAAAGGUGAAUUUCCCUCAGGGAAUCACUCAGAAGAGGAAAAGUUGGUGGGGGGCGGGGGGGGUGUUUGUUUGUUUAAACAGUUUAUUUACCUUUUUGGAAAGAAACUGUCAUGUCGCUCUGGACGAGGCAGAUAAGAAAGUGCAGAGGGCGCCGGACCCAGUGAGAGUCCCGUGGGCAUGUGGGCAGGACCCAGUGAGAGUCCCGUGGGCAUGUGGGCAGGACCCAGUGAGAGUCCCGUGGUAUGUGGGCAGGGUUCUGCACUUGCUUAAUUAGCCUGAGCUCUGAAAGUUCUCUUACAGCAUUUACCUUCCAGAGAGCCCAGUUAAAGUAAAUCUAUAUUAACAAUUUUGCUUUUUCUAAUAACUUGAGCAAAGAUCUUUUUAACUCCGCAAGAUGUUCUGUAGCACGUCCUGAAAAAUCUCUUAAAUUGGAGUUCCUCAAGGAGUAGAGACAGACCCGGCCUGGGGGACCAGGUCUGCUUGUAGGAGGGCGUCAUCAGCCUGUGAUAUUGGGGAUGCCUCUGCUCCCCUGGUCUGCUGGUUUGUUGCCAGGGAUUUGUAUUAAGGCCUCAGUGGGUUUGAUGGUUCUUGUGGGUACAUUGCUUUGGGGUUAAAAAUCUAGAAAUCUUGGUUCAGUUUCUGGAUUAAGUUAAUGAACAAGGUCAUCUAGGAAAGUCUGGCAUUGCCCUAUGGGCAGCAGGGAGGGCUUAAGCCCUGGAUCUGUGUGUUUGAGACUCACACCCAGGUACUCACUUCUGUCUGGAACAAAUGCAGGGCUGUUUGCUGGCAUCAAGACUCCCCUUCCCACAAGUGUUGCAAGGGCUCAGCCCACACCUUCCCUUCUUUGCUACUUACUACUCUUCCAUGUUUUUAACAGCAAGAAAAAAGUAGGUUUGUUUACAAAUCUUAUGUGAGCCAGGCACGGUGGCACGUGCUGUGGUCCCAGCAACCCCAGAGGUUGUAGCAUGCUGUGCUUGUGACACCCCAACCUGUUUACACUGGCAGCACUUUGAGAAGCGGCCCUUCCAGUGUCAUGCUCUGAAUGAGAACGUGCAGGAGUACUGGGGAUGCUGUGGUCCCUACCAGCCUCCAUUCUCUCUCAAAGACCCUGCUCCACUGCAGGCAGGUCCUUGACAUGAGGCAGGAUCUAACCGGAGGGAAGCAUGGCUGCCCUGGGCCCCAGGCACUUGUUCUCUUGUCCCUCUCUGAAGACCCCCCACCUCACUGCCUGGCCCACCCAGGCAGUUUUCUCUAUGACCAUCGCUGCUGCCCCUGGGGACCCUCUGGCCCUGCAGCAGCUCCUCCUGCCUCUGAGGGGUUGUGCCUUCAGCCCUUGCAGUGCUUUGGAUAAAAGCAAGUUUGCCUAUGGGUCAAAAGAGCCUUUUAUUCAUUUUUCUUCAUCACUUACCCCUUGAGGCUGGACCUCAAGAAUCCUGGGAAGUGAAAAAGUUGAGCUAUAGUGUUUGGGGCUGGAGCAGAGCCCUGAAAAGACAGGCGAGCUGGCAUCUGUGUCCUCCUAGCACCAUAGGCCUCUGCAGAAAGUCCCACAUUCAGCCUGGAGACAGAAGGAUUUGGUCUCCCGGGGCUGGUCAUGGGUGUUGCCAGGAGUAGGUGCUGAGCCAGUAGAGAAAAGGGGACACUGGAGUUCCUCUUUGGCUGCAGCUUCCCAACCCGCCCCACACACACACACACAUUGUCCUUGCACUGAUGAGGAGAGUGUCACCGUGACGCUUCACCUAGGUCAGUCCCGCCCUUUAGCUGGAGUGCACCAGGCAGAAAGGACAGUGAAGAAGUUAUUCAUGUGCCCGAUGAGUCCCAGGAGCACAGAAUGUUGCCCCCCCUGGCAGCACUGGCAUAGGUGUUACUGCUGACCCAGGUGGUCUCCUCCACCAGGCAGGUCCUUGGUGUGUCCCUCCCACUGCUCCCUGCAGGCGUGUAGAUCCCCUGGGAAGGAGGGAAGCGCGUGAAUUCCAGAGAACAGAGAACAAACGCAGAGGUGGAGGGGACUGGUGUCUGCUGCUGGAGGGCAUGCCUGCGGGCAGCUGUGGGCAGCAGGCUAUCAGGACUGGGCACUGCCAGGCCGCAGGGAGCCUGCCCCGCUGCCCUGGUGAAGAGGCAGCUAUGUGGACAGGCUUCCCAGUUUCAAAUGUGUUCCUACAGUUAACCUCACUUAUAACCUGCAAGUCAGCUGUGCCCGACAUACUAAUGGGAACACUGAUUUGACUUCUUCUGGUGGCUUUGUGAGCACAUAACAAACGACAUUACGUGUGUCCAGACACCUGUGGUCAUUGCUGGUCAUGUUACUUCAUGCACAUGAGUGGCGCCCAGUCCCCCAGUGCUGCCUGCAGACUCCCAUGCAGGUGCAGGGCAUGGGGGUGAGGAGGGUCACAGACUUAUCGCUGUGGAAACUGAAAGCUGUGCUAAACGUGUCAGAAGGAGGCCAAACGUCUAGGGGUGACGGGAGGAGCCGUGUCCUGAAGGUUAGGGUUUACUAAGCAAGAACUGAAGUUAGAGAGGCUCUCCUUUUGAAUCCAGCAAGUGCAAAGGCAGGAAGAACCAAGAACAGACCCUGACGGUCUGCGUGGGUGAUGCGGGGUAUUGUCAAGAGUCUGCAUCAGCAGUGAGAUGGGGGCAUUUGCUGCCUGAGCACACCCCCCUCACCGCAGGCCAGCCUAGGAAGAGAGAAGGGAAUCGCACCACUGUGACCCUCAGAAUGAGCCUGAAGGGGUCUGACCCAUAGGGGAGCAAAGCCUUUUUAUGGGAUGUAUUUUACUUCAUUCAUUUCACUGUGGGGUAGAUGGACCUCUGACUUGCAGCCACACAGACAUGUGCUCAGAGUUGGGCGUGCUCCUCUUCCCCACCGACACCUGGCUGUCUGCAGGCGGGCACAGACAGCAGAGCGUGGCUGCCCAGUGUGCAGGGCCCUGGGGGCUGGUCGCAACACCUCACCCACACAAGCAGGCAGCCACUGCGGGCCCCCUCUGGGCUGACCCGUGCUGCGUGGCCUGUGGCCUGGCUCUGCCGUCCUGCUCCUCUGUGUGACCUACGGCUGUGUUAAUGUCUGGCUGCACACUGGCUUUCUCCCAGCCACUCACUGGCUGAUUUGUCCAAGUUUUAUUGCAGUUAUCUUUCAGAGUGAAAAGAAUGUAACCUAGCAACAUUUAUUUUUCAUGAAAAUAAGAGUUUGGUUAUUAUUGUCCUAAAAAGCUUGGAAUUUAAGACUUUGUAACAUAAUUUUUUUUAAAAGCUAACAAAACCUAUGACCCCUUAUGACCAAGAAAGGGGGAAAGAAAGUAUUUUCAAAAUUUUAUAAAGAAUGGAAAUGUAUGAUACUAUUCUUCAAAGGAAUUUAAUGUUAAAAUUUUAUUUUUUUUGUUUGAGAUAGAGUCUCACUCUCAACUCUGGUAGAGUGCCAUGGCGUCAUAGCUCAUAGCAACCUCAAACUCCUAGGCUCAAGUGAUCCUCUUGCCUCAGACUCCCAAAUAGCUAGGACUACAGGUGUGUGGCACAACGCCCAACUAGUUUUAAUAGAGACGGGGUCUUGCUUUUGCUCAGGCUGGUCUUGAACCCGUGAGCUCAGGCAAUCCACCCGCCUUGGCCUUCCAGAGUGCUAGGAUUAUGGGUGUGAGCCACUGCACCUGGCCUCAAUGUUGAAAUUUCAAAGAAAUGUUUGGCAAUUUAAUGAGAAACUUCCCCUUCCCUGGAAACUUUAUUCAUUCAUAACAUCUCACACCCUAGAUGUCCUGAAUAGUUGAGUCAAUACAGCCUUUGUAUAAGGAAUCUGCCUUUAAACCAACCUUCACCUGUUGCCCAGAUGUCCAUUUUGGAACACUGAGAGAUGACACAUGUCAGAAGGGACUUUGUUCCCCCUUCCUACUGACAGGAUGGACCCUGUGUUUUCUCUAUUUGUCUGAGAUGAGUGAACAAAUUUCAGUGUCUUGGCAAAACUGCCUUGACUCUUACUGAAAAGCAUUGGGAAGACGGCUACUGGGAAAUUACUUAUUCAAAAGGUUCUAAAGUUAAGGUGUUUGUACACUGUUUCCCACCUCUGCUCUUAAAGGAAGAGUUCCUGGACUGCUCCGCUUGGCAUCUGUUUUCUCGAGGAUGAACAUGAGGCUGCUGCCGGUGUCCACACAGCCAGGCCCGAAGCUGACCACAGGCAGCACACCCCUUUUUUCCUCGGGCUUGUCUGUGUCAUCAAGUCCUUAAAGGCGUAAGCUCAGAUGUUAGACUUCUAAUCCUGUGCGAGGGGUCUUCUUAGGUCAGAAGGUCAGGCCACCCUCCGUGGGAGGUGCCACACGUGGUGCUCAUGCACGGUCUCGUGUGCUUUACACACAGUUUUCAGCAUGGUCACACUUUCCACAGAUGAGAACAGAGAGAGUCAGCCUUGGGUAAGGCCUGGUGAAUUUCAGUUUUCUGAAAUCUGUCUGCCAUGGAAAAAACCCUGCUCAUGGCUCUUAACAGUUUCAAGGAAGAGUACAUCUCCCUUCUCUGAAGUCCUUCAGCUCUGAGUAUGGGAGUUAAUAGCUCAACACCAGGCCAUCCCCGUGUGGGACAGGCCCCUGUGGGCGUCUCAGGGCGGUGUCCUCUGGAGGUUCAGGCACAGCCCCUGAGUGCUGCUGCUGCAGGCUCAGCGUCACUUGCAAUGUUUCUGUAUUUAAAAGCAACUGUGUUUAUUUUCUUUAAAAUAACGUGUAUAUUAUUGAGAGCAAGCAGUGUAAAUAUUACUGAGAAGUUACUGCAGGGAUUUUUUGUGACAGUUUGUAUGGGUUUUUAAGAAAAUCUUCUAUACAUUUCCUUUUUUAUGAUGGAGAGAACUGCACCAUUGAACCCCACCUGUACUACAAGGAAUGUUUUUAAUGACUGUUCUUUUUAAAAGCUUUGGACGUUCAGCAGAUGGCUUUUAAAAAUGUAUACAAUUUCUAAAAUAACGAUAACCCUACAUCCAUAAAUUAUUUUGAAUUAGAAGAAUUCUGCAUUACCUGUUCUUGGUAGAGCCAAUCAGAAAAAUAAAGAAAAAUGGUAGCUGCAUCUUGACCAGACUAUUUCACACAUAAUUUAAGUCUUGUAGAGAUUUGGCUUGAGGCCCUGCUGGUCGCUGCCAACAUUCCUGACCACUCGCUGUGCAAAGCCACUGAACUGUCUGGCUUCCUGGCUGUCUGGUUACACUGUGUAAUUUCUAUGGUGGCCACAAAACUUAUCAUGCAUCUUAUUUUACAAUAAGGAGUCAUAGAAUCCAGUAGUGUUCUGUGUGCACAGGCACAGGUGAGCCCCCUCUGCAGCCUCGGUGAGGGGGCAUCCCCAGGACAUAGCUGGAGUCACCUAAGGAAAGGACAUUCCAGAAAAGCAAUCUUCAGACACAGACCACCUGCAGCCGGCUGCACCAACACACCCCGCCCCUUCUGCAGUGAAAAGGUCUUGUCACAUAGGAUAGGUUGUGAAGAAUACUUAGAUCACUGUUUGUUAGGUUUAUAUCACAGCUUCAAUUAAAAUGGAUUUUAAAGGCUUUUAGGAUUUACCAUUAGUAUUAACAGCUUAUCUACUGACUUAUUUUAGGAUUCAAUACCAGUGAAGUGAUAAGAAUUAAUUCAUGUUGUUUUCCUAAGGUAAUAUUUAUAAAAAGCAAAGCAUCCAUGUAGCUUCUUAACAGUUAUCAUUCUUAAUGAUUUUUCUCACCAUUCUUCAGGGUGAAUGUCUCAAUCCGACGACCAGAGACAAAACACAGUAUGCCACACUACAAGGGCACAAAUACAUGAACAAAGUAGAAACGUGGGUGAUUUUCCUCAACUGUGACAAGUUUGGAAAUGAUUCAUAGAAUCACUUCUGUCACAGCUAAGGAUCUCAGCAGUCAAGUGGUAAAUGCUCAGAGAACAAGCUUGUAUACAUUUAACUGGUGUUUAAUUUUACUGUUCUAAUACUAAAUGAUAAUGCUCGCCACACUAAAAAUUAUGUGCAGAAGAAAACAAGCCCAAAUGAGCAAGGCAGGUUGUUGAGCACAGCUUCCCCGGGAGCUGGCAUAGGCCUCGUAGGUCUCGGGACUGAGGGGCAGACCCCUGGGUGGGUCAGCUUCUGUCAGACCAGUGUCCUGAAGAGAAGGCCUUGCUAGUUGAGCUGCUCACGCUUGCUUUUUUUUUUUUUAACAAUUCAAAACUAUGGCUUAGUUUGAGGCUUUUUAAGUGUGUGAUUAACUGUUUAUAACAAUUGAAGUGUUACUUUGUCAAAAUAUUUAUUCCUUUGUGUGACAUGCUAGAUUCCCUUGGGUGUAGCUGAUCAUUUUUAUUUUGUAAAUACUACCUAACUUUACAUAAACUAUAUCAUAAUAAACUAUUUUUGCAUCACCUUUG